GCUCACACUACAUUCUCCCACUGCCUCUUUGCCUUCGAGAGCAUGGGGUAGGCAAAGAGGCAAGUCUGUCUGACUCCAGAGGCACUGAAGUACUUGUAUGGAUCUGUUUUUUGGAGCACACCAUGCUUACAUUGAUGAGCUUCAAUCCUUUAUCCUGGUGAACCAUUCUAGACAAGAAACACGGACUAACUAAAUGCAGUUUUUCUAAUGUAGAGUUUGCUUUCAAUCAUGCCAACCUAAGGUAAUUCAAGGAAGCUUGGAGAACUUUGAGAAGAAGUUCCAAGAAGAUCUGCAACAGGAGUGUUGCAGAGCACAUCUCUGGCAGUAAUGGGCACAGAAAAACAAAACUGUACUGAAAGUCUGAGCGUGGAGCAGAACGGUGGCCCAACCAUCAGCGCGAUGAUGUUCGCAGCUGGAGUUCUCGGGAACCUGGUUGCAUUGGUUCUUCUGGAGUUCCGCAGGAGGAAAGAGAAGAACCGGCAGAGACAGUCUCUGUUCCAUUUGCUGGUGACCACGCUGGUCAUUACGGAUCUAAUGGGAACCUGCUUGAUCAGUCCCCUGGUGCAGACUGCAUACUUAACCAACACCACACUGGUCGGGCUGAGCGAGACUCGUGCAGUGUGUGAAUAUUUCGGAUUUGCCAUGACUUUCUUCAGUCUGGCGACGCUCUCCAUCCUCCUCGCCAUGGCACUGGAGAGGUGCCUCUCCAUCGGGUACCCGUACCACUACGGGAGGCACGUCACCAAACGCUGCGGAUACAUCACCAUCCCUUGCAUUUAUCUAGUCUGCUUUUUAUUUUGCUUAAUGCCGUUUGCAGGCUUUGGGAAAUAUGUGCAAUACUGUCCCGGGACUUGGUGUUUUAUUGCCAUGAAUCCAGAGGGGACUGAGGACCGGGCGUAUGCCAACGUUUAUGCCACUGCAAUGCUGCUCAUCAUUAUAGUUAUAGUGGCAUGCAACUGUUUUGUAGUUUACCAUCUGGUGUUAAUGUACCGGAGGCGCAAAAUGAACCGAGGAUCAGUGCAGACCCGGAGUAAAAGGGACAGGAGGUACUUCUCAUGGGCAGAGGAGGUGGAACAUCUCAUUCUCCUGGUCUUCAUGACAGUCAUAUUUGUCAUUUGUUCCCUGCCAUUAAUGAUCCGCGUGUACAUCAACUCCAUGGGAAAGCCUAGAGGCAGCAACAAGACUGAUCUCAUAGCUCUGCGAUUCCUCUCGGUAAACUCCAUCAUCGACCCCUGGGUCUUCAUCAUCCUCAGCCCCUCGGUUCUGCGCUUCCUGUGGGGGGCACUGUGCAAGACCAGCUUCAUACCCUCCAGAAACUCCCUGUUCAAAACGUCCAUUUCCAAAAACCCAGCGGGCCAAAUCGAGCUGUACCAACCCACUUCCACCUCUGUGGAGAACACACUCCUCAACAAGUCAACCAUUCAGAUGAUCUGACGUGAUGAGGACAGUAUUUAUGGACUAGACGGAUCCAUCUAAAAAUCAAUAUGCUUUGGAAGACAAGGUUAUGAUUAAGUUCUUUGAUAGCAUUCUCUAUCUAUCUAUCUAUCUAUAUAUCUAUCUAUCUAUCUAUCUAUCUAUCUAUCUAUCUAUCUAUCUAUCUAUCUAUCUAUCUAUCUAUCUAUCUAUCUAUCUACCUAUCUAUCAUUCUAUCGCUCUAUCUAUGGUUCUGUCUAUCUAAGAACAUCUUAAGUGAUUCGUCUGCUAUUAGAAAGGGCGAUCUGGUUUGUUUGUUGAUCUAAAAACAGAUUUAGAAACCCCCUGAGGCCGUUUAACUGAGUGAGAUAAAGCCAACUCUGAGGUCAAAGGUAUAAGUUAUGUUCCCCAACCACUACAAUAAUUGUUUUGAGACCGAGGGCCCUGUUAACUGCGAUCUCCAGAAGAACUUGAAAAAUGUUCAAGGCAUGUUUAGCGUGCAUUCAAAAAAUGCUUUAUGUCAAACAGAAAUCAAGAUUAUUUUUCUUACCCCAUUGGCAGAUUAUUUUGCUUGUUUCAAGCAAAAACUCACUUAAUUUUGACUAGUUUUUUCUGAAAACAAGACAAUAAUUUUUACUUGUAUAGAAAAUCCUUCUUGAUUUAAGAAUUUUUAGAUAUUUUGGUUGGAAACAAGACAAAAAAUCUAAGUAAGAAAAGCAUUUUUUGAAGCGUGGAGGAUAUUCCAGUUUGGAAGAGGUUAUUCUCUGUUUGGACUGUCUGAAGACAGAUGAACCAUCCUGAAGCUGCAAUUCCACAAUCAAUGCUCACCCAGGGUCGUGCUUUCAAACAGGUCACAGGUUAAAUGACGUGUUGUCCCAUACAGUAUGUCACUUUGAACACUUUUUGUUGUCAGUUGAAUCAUGUGAUGAGGUUUCCUGCAUUUCAAGUCAAGCAGUUCUUCAUGUGUUACAUAUGAAAGCUGCCUGCUUGUAUUUAUAUUAUCAACAUAUUUAUUGCGCUUUAAUUUAUGUUGAUACAACAGUAAGUUAGUGACAUAUAUGUGUCUUCAUACAUAUGUAGGCUGACAUGAUUCAGUGGUAAUUAGUCAUUUCUUUCAUGUGAGAGAUUCUUAUUGUACAUAUAUAAUUGUACAUAAUUAGUAUAAGCAUAUAAGCAUGACGACAUGCGUGGUGCCGUUCAGUAGCUACAGACCUAUUCUUUGUGUCAAGACGGUGCCUUUGAAGCUCUUGAAUGUACUUGUGAAAUAAUGUGACUCGUGAUGUCUAUGCAUGUAAUUUAUGUUGUGAAAUUGUCUGUUAAACGUAAUCACAUCAUAUCCGUCCUAAUGCACUGCGAAAAGGAGAUAAUCACUAAGAUAUCAGAGUCUGAAGCAGGAUUGUAUGUGAUUUUAAAUUCCAAUUCCAGUUCCUGAAUUUGAAUUAUGAAAGCAAACAGAAUGCAGACUGCAUUUUGGGUUUGAAUGUAAGGGAGUAGAAUUAAAAUGAAUACAAAUAAAUCAUAACCAUGACUGAAUAUUUUUUACUAGAAAAGCAAUGUUAGUCAAGACAAAAUCUGAGUGUUGGCUUGACAGCUUUGAAAAAAAAAAAAAAAAUCAUAUUCCAACUAUUGAACAUAUUGAACUGAAAGUGGGACAAUUCUUUAAUUCUGAAUUUUGCCCAAACCUGUUCAGGACUCACACCUCUUAAUAAAGAAAGAAAUAAAGCAUGCAUACACUCCCUGAGCCCAUUAAUAAGUAUGCAAACACUCAAAUGUUUGUCUAGUGCAUUGCUUGUACAGCAUGGUCCUGUUGUACAUAUUUACUGUUCUUGCAUUACAGUGCAGUGAUAAACCACAGGACACAG